AUGCAUGUGAGAAUAUAUGCAGGAAUGAAUAUAUUUAUGUAGAAAAAGUUUGAAUUAAGUAACUCAUCUUACCAGCAAAGUUUAUUUUCUGGGGUCUACUUCAAACCAGAAUGAUGUUGCGAAAGCAUCCACUCGAUCAGGAAGAGAACGUCACUCCGAUUAAUACACUUUUUACCAUGGCAACCGCAGAAUCUCAGCACCGCGCAGAACCGCGGCUCCAUUUUCCCGCUCGUUUUCAUGUGACCGUUUAAAAGACAAAACGACGCGACUCGUCGAUUGAUAUCUCGUGUGUAACACCUCUUCGUGCAUCAUCGUGUGUACAUGCACGAGUGGAUAAAGCGGUGGCUGGUUUACAGGAUGGGGCUUUUUAGCUAAAGUGGCUUUCGGCUUCGCGCGGGAUUAAAUGUGCCCGCCAAAUGCGCGCGGGAUUAACGGCCAUUAAAAAGGCAAAACCACUCCAACGGGUUCCUGUGUGGUUUACCACAAAACCGAUAGCCUUUCUCGUAAAUCUAUCUAUAUAGGCUGUCUCUCUAAAUUUCACAUACAGGCUCAAACACGUAAUUUACACCCUCUCGUUUUCGCCAUACCUUGACCAUGAUAGUCCCAUGCUAGCAUCACUUUGACCAACUACAGUUCGACCAACCAGCCUAUCUGGUUUCAUCCAUAAAAACUGAAUCACCCUACAAGCCUCUCACAGACGGCAAUGGUAAGCUGUCCGGUCUCGGAGAGAUGAGCCUACAGAAGAACAGAGAAGAGGAAUUACUGAAGAGAACAGAGCGUCAGCAGCUCCAUUCACUCAUCAUGUCUUUCGCUCUGCUUGUGUUCGUCUUCAUUCAGUUCUUCAGUCAGUCUCUCCAGCAGUUUCCUCGGCCGUGCACCACACCGGACGUCCUGCAGAGCAAGCGUUGCUGUCCAGUAUGGCCGGGCGACGGUUCGGUGUGCGGGUCCCUUUCGGGUCGAGGCUUCUGCCAGGACGUCACGGUCUCCGACCUUCCUAACGGGCCGCAGUUCCCUCAUUCAGACGUGGACGACCGCGAACGCUGGCCUCUGGUGUUUUACAACCAAACCUGCCAGUGCGCCGGCAACUACAUGGGCUUCGACUGCGGCGAGUGCAAGUUCGGUUACUUCGGCGGCAACUGCGGGGAAAGACGGGAGUCUGUUCGCAGAAACAUCUUCCAGUUGUCCGUGUCCGAACAGCAGAGGUUCAUCUCGUACCUAAAUCUCGCGAAGACCACCAUCAGCCCUGAUUACAUGAUCGUGACGGGCACGUACGCGCAGAUGAACAACGGCUCGACGCCCAUGUUCGCAAACAUCAGCGUGUACGACCUGUUCGUGUGGAUGCACUAUUAUGUGUCCCGUGACGCGCUGCUCGGGGGUCCCGGGAACGUGUGGGCCGACAUUGAUUUUGCGCACGAGUCGGCCGCCUUCCUGCCCUGGCACCGAGUUUACCUGCUGUUCUGGGAGCACGAGAUCCGGAAGCUGACCGGUGACUUUAACUUCACCAUCCCGUACUGGGACUGGCGUGACGCGCAGGACUGUCAAGUGUGCACGGACGAGCUGAUGGGGGCCCGCAGUCCUCUCAACCCCAACCUGAUCAGCCCGUCCUCGGUGUUCUCCUCCUGGAAGGUGAUCUGUUCUCAACCCGAAGACUACAACCUCCGCGAGGUUUUGUGUGACGGGUCACCAGAGGGACCGUUACUGCGCAACCCAGGUAACCAUGACCGAAACCGUGUCCCGCGGCUGCCCACCUCCGCAGACGUGGAGUCGGUACUGAGCCUGACGGAGUACGAGACGGGGCCGAUGGACAGACGGGCCAACAUGAGCUUCAGGAACGCUCUGGAAGGUUUUGCGAGUCCCGAGACGGGGUUGGCAGUAACAGGUCAGAGCUUGAUGCACAACUCUUUACACGUCUUCAUGAACGGAUCCAUGUCUUCAGUGCAGGGGUCCGCCAACGACCCCAUUUUUCUUUUACAUCACGCCUUUAUUGACAGCAUCUUUGAGCAAUGGCUGAGGAGACACCAGCCUCCCCGCACACACUACCCGACCGCCAACGCCCCGAUCGGGCACAAUGACGGCCAUUACAUGGUCCCCUUCAUCCCUCUGUACAGAAACGGAGAUUAUUUCCUGUCGACUAAAGCUCUGGGAUAUGAAUAUUCAUAUUUACUGGACCCAAGUCAGCGGUUUGUGCAGGAGUUUUUGACGCCUUAUCUUCAGCAAGCUCAGCAGAUCUGGGGCUGGCUGCUGGCAGCAGGGAUCCUGGGCGCGGUUGUGGCGGGAAUAAGCGCUACUAUUAUCGCCGUGGCGUGUCGAAGAGGGACAAAGAGGCGAAAGGCGUCGGGAUACGGGGAGAGACAGCCGCUCCUGAACAGCAGUGAGGAGGAGGGUUCAGCUUCAUACCAGACUACACUGUGAACCAAAGUGUGUCAGCGACGACAGACACUCUGUACCGACGGGAAAAAGACACAACUGCCAGUUAACCAGGUCAUGUGACACACGAGACCAGAUCUCGCCUCUCAACCUCACGUUUACUCAUGUUAAAAUUAAUAUUUUUAUUCAGCAAGGAUGCUUUAAAUUGAUCAAAAGUGACAGUAGAUACAUUUAUAAUGUUACAAAAAUUCUAAUAAACACUGUUCUUUUGAACUUUUUCCU